CAGACCCGCAGCAGCAGCAGCACAAGUAGGUUUCUGUGUUUCUUGACAUGGCGUCCAGCAGCCUGCUAUCCGAGGAGCAGUUUCUUUGUCCCAUCUGUCUGGACGUGUUCGUCCGCCCCGUCUCCACGCCGUGCGGACACAACUUCUGCAUGUCCUGCAUCACGCCCUACUGGGACGGCGCUCCGGUCUGCCAGUGUCCCGUCUGUAAGGAGCAGUUUCAAAGGAGACCCGAUCUCAAGGUCAACACUUUCAUCGCGGAGCUCGCGUCGCAGUUCGUGUCGCUUCAAGUGACAGGCGCUCGCAUGUGGAGCGCCGAUCCGGAGCAGGUCGGCUCCGGCGGCGCGGUGCUUUGUGAUGUUUGCACCGACGCCCAGAAGAAAGCUGUCAAGUCCUGUCUGGAGUGUCAGACUUCGUACUGCGACGUUCACCUGGAGCCUCAUCACCGAGCUGCCGGGCUGAAGAGACACACGCUGCUGGAACCUUUGCCGAGUCUGGACGACAAGAUCUGCAAGCAGCACAACAGGGUCCUGGUGCUGUUCUGCAGAGACGACGGCGUUCUGCUGUGCGACGUCUGCGCCAGCUCGCACCACACGAGGCACAACGUGGUUCAGGCGCAGCGAGCGUACGAAGGCAUGAGGGACGAGGUGGAGAACACGGAGGCCAAAGUGCAGCAGAUGAUCCAGGAAAGGCUCCACAAGGUGCAAAGCAUGAAGGAGUCGGUGCAGCAAAGCAAGACGGAAAGCGAGAAGGUGAUCGCAAACAGCGCGCAGGACCUGACGGAGCUGGUGUUGGAGAUUCAGAAGAGCCAGGCGGAGCUCGUCAGGGUGGUGGAGGAGAAGCAGGAAGCAGCAGAACAGCAAGCCGACGGGUUGAUCAGCGACAUGGAGGGCGAGAUCACAGAGCUGCAGAGGACGACGGUGAAGCUGAGGGCGCUGAAACACACCAAAGACCAGCUCCAGUUCUUCCGCAGCUACCUGAACGCGCCGCUGCUGCCACACACCAUGGACCUGUCCGCCGUCAGCUGCAACAGACACCUGGAGGUUCAGCACUUCGGUACAUCUGUGAGAAAAUCAGCGUCUCGGCUGCGAGUGCUGCUGGACAAAAUGAACACAGAAAUCAGCAGGUUCUCGGGCAGCGCCGACGUGUCCAACGCCGCCACGCUGAGCUUCAUGCAGCAGCACGAGGUGGACGUGGUGCUCGAUCCCGACACGGCUCACCCGCUGCUCAUCUUGUCCAGCGACGGGAAGCAGGUCAGGUACAGCAUGGGCUCAGGUCUGUGGGCGAACCAGAUCCUGAACCCGAGCAUGUUCACCGAGCACCUCGCAGUUCUGGGACAGAGCGGCUUCUCCUCGGGCAGGUUUUACUUUGAGGUCCACAUGGGCCAAAAGACAGAAUGGUGUCUGGGCGUGGCCACGGCGUCCAUCCAGAGGAGAGGGGCUCUUGUUCGGAGCUCUGGCAGCGGACUCUGGGCCAUCUGGUUCCUGGUGGAUAAGUUUGAAAUCUUCAGUUGUCCAAAUGUGCCCGUAUACGUGGGGAAAGUGGAGAGAGUCGGAGUGUUUGUGGAUUAUGAGAAAGGCGAAAUAUCGUUCUAUGACGUAGAGACCGCGACGCCGAUUUACUCCUUUACUGAGUGUUGGUUUACUGAGGAGCUCUAUCCGUACUUCAACCCGUGUGAUGAUGAAUAUGGUUCAAAUCUGGAGCCAAUGACGAUUGUUCCUGUUUGUCAUUUAGAGUGAGCAGAAUAUGCAGAAACUCUGUGAACUCCAAGCAGUUUCUGGGUGGGUUUUUUUGCACUGUAAAGUCCUGCACUUCUAUGGAAAUAGUACGACUAGAGGUAGAAACAAUGGCAAAUAUAUUUUACUAUAACAAACUUAUAUUGCAAAAAAAAAAAAGGUAAAGUUGAAUUGUUUUGUUUGUGCUUAACAAGUACAACAUUUUACCAACACUAAGAAGAAAUAACAACUACAUACUAUAUUUUUCUAUUUAAGCUUUUAAUAUGUUUUGAUGCUUCUCUUCUAUCUGCUCUGUGUCAGACUUGUUUAGCCAAAAAAACUUUUUUGUGUGCAGAUGAGUGCAGAAUUUUUUAGUUUUUUACAAAAUCUAGUCGCAGCAAACAGUUUAUUUUUGGCGACAUUUCAAAGUAGAUUUGUAGAAUAACGGGAUUUUGCUAAAAUAGGUUUUCAUGCAUAGAUUUGUUUUUUGAUGGAUCAUUUAAAAACAGUCAAAGAAGAAAUUCUAACAAUUUCUUCUUGGUUUUUUUGUAGUCUCUUACUCUGAUAAAUAGUGUUAAGUUUGGCAAAUUUUCUAGAUAAGAUGCCUUUGACGUCAAGUAGUAGGUUUGAGAUUAUUUACAAAAAUGCAGCUGAAGCAUUUUACUAUUUAAACGCCUUUUUAUUCUAUUAAAGCAGCUUUUUUUUUAAUCAUCAAAAAACUAUGCGAAGCAUCGACGUGCCUUGAAUGCAAACCGAGUCUUUAGAAUAAAUCCAAAGAUGAGAUUUACACAGAACGAAAGCAAUUUGACUGAAAACGUUUGCCUACACCAUUACCUUGAUUAAUUAUUUACCUGUAAGAGAAUGUAAUUGGGUGAGUUAACAAAGCAGGGGACCUUAAAUUAUUAAAUAAGUGAAAUGAAUCAGAUGGGGGGUGGAGGGGGUUUGAGGAGUAGAAGAGAAAUGGAAAAAGAGAGCAGCGAUGAUAAGCGAUGUUAAUAUGCAGAUCCUCACAUGUGACAGCCGAGCAGUUUGAAAAGUGUUUUAAAAGUUUAUGUGUAGUUAUGAUUAAAUUAUUUCGUCUGUU